AUGGGUGACAGCUCGAAAGCAGCUGAAUAUUACGAAAAAGCGCAUGAAAUCUACAAAAAAGCUCUGCCUCCGAACCAUCCUCUUUUGGCUGAGUGCUAUAACAAUAUUAGUCAAGUGCAUAUAAACAAGGGUGAAUAUACGAAAGCACUUGAAGUUUACGAAAAAGUACAUGGAAUCUACGAACAAGCUCUAGUUCCGAAUGAUCCCAAAUUAGCUAUUUCCUACAGCAACAUCGGCCAUGUGCAUAAUAGGAUGGGUGACUACUCGAAAGCUCUUGACUUUUAUCAAAAAGCACAUAAAAUAAUAGAAACAACUCAACCUGUGGAUUAUCUUUCAUUAGCUGUCAGUCAUUCUCAUUUUGCAGCGUGUUACGAAAGAAUGGGUGAUUACACCGCAGCUCUAAAUGCACUUGAAGAAGAUUUAAAAAUUAAACAAGAUAAAUUGCAAGCAGGUAAUCCAGCUUUCGGUCCAACAUACUGCUUGUUAGGAAGAGUUUAUCGAUGUAUGCAAGAUUACUCAAAAGCACUUCAGUAUUUUGAAAAGUGCGUCACAAUAGCUGAAGAAACGUUACCGGAGAAGCAUCCCAAUCGGGCUGUCAUGUAUACUAGUAUAGGUGAUGUUCAUCGAUUAAUGGGCAAUAAUGAAAUGGCAAUUUCAUUUCAUCGAAAAGCAUUGAAUAUUCAAGAAAACAUUCAAUGUAAUCCUCUAGAAUGUGCAACCACAUAUUCAAAUUUAGGUGAAACUUAUCGAGCAAUGGAAGAUUAUCCAACGGCAUUGACAUAUUUUCAAAAAGCAUUACAAAUUCGUGAAAAGAAACUACUAAAAAAUCAUCCUGAUUUAGCUGCAAUCUACCACAAUUUGGCGAAGUUACAUUUGGCAACUAAGCAAUAUAGUAUAGCAAAGAAAAAUGCCCAGCAAGCAGUAGAAAUUGCUCAAGAAAAAUUGUCUCCAAAUCAUCCUCAUCUUUUGGAGUACAAAAAAACAUUAGAAAAAGUUCAAAAGAAAUCAUAA